AUGGAAAGCAGCAACCUCACUUCAGUCACUGAGUUUAUCCUGCUUGGCCUUUCCAGCAGACCUGAGCUCCAGGUGUACCUCUUCUUCUUCUUCCUCAUGGUCUACCUGAUGAUCUUGCUGGCAAACCUACUCAUUGUCUUGUUGAUAUUAGUGGAUUCGUGCCUUCACACCCCCAUGUAUUUCUUCCUCACCCAUCUGUCCAUUCUAGAAGUCUCUUACACAUCCUGUGUGAUUCCACAGAUGCUGGGACACUUCUUGGCAGAGAGAAAGUCCAUCUCUUUCUCCCGUUGUGCCCUACAGUUCUAUACGUUCCUCUUUUUUGGCAUUGCAGAGUGCUACAUCCUCUCAGUGAUGGCCUAUGACCGCUAUGUAGCCAUCCGGGAUCCCUUAAGGUACUCCAUCAUCAUGAACUGGAGAGUCUGUGGAGGGCUGGCAGCUGGCUGCUGGCUGGGUGGCUUUAUAGCAUCCACAGUGGACACAGCUGCCACAUUCCAGCUUUUAUUCUGCCGGGAAAAUGUCAUCAAUCAUUUCAUGUGUGAAAUGCCUGCUCUGCUACACCUCUCCU